GAAGUACACGUAAUGACGACUCGUCUUUGCAGAGCCGCCAUAUUUUGCGGAUCGAAGAGUCUGACAACGCCAUUGUGUGCGCAUCACGAUAAUUUUCCGUUUGCCCUGAAGCAACGUGCAUCGCAGCGUUGCUCAUCAUCAAUUCCGAAUUUAGUUUAUCACGCGUAAACGAGGAAUAACGGCAUUGCAGCAGAUACGAGCGGGAGUUAAAUAAAUGUGCAAGCAGCAUGUAUAGCAAUAACAUUGAUCCUUGGGAGCCUGGCUAUGGGCCAGAACGAAGAAGUCACAAUUCCGACUAUGACUACCGUAGUGAUUAUGGAAACAACAGAUCGCCGGAGUAUUCGGAGCACCGUGACGUUGAUCAUCGAGAUAGGGACCAUCGCAGUCCAGAUUACAGAAAUCAUCGUGGGAGAGACAGAGAUCGCGAAAGAGAUCGUUCGAGGGAUAGGAGAGACCGUAGCAGGGAUGAUCGUGACCGCAGUUAUAGGGAUCGCGAAGAUCGUUAUGGUAGACAAAGAGAUAGAGACUCUGUAGAAAGGGACAGGGAUAGGGAUAGAGACCGGGAUAGAGAUAGGGACCGUUCCAGACGCGACAGGGAUCGGGAUAGAGAUAGGGAUCGUAGGGGGAAACGGGAGGAUCGCGAUCGCGAUCGCGACGACGAUCACAGUCGAGAGAGUUUGGACUUUGAACAUGACCAUGGCCGUGCCUAUGGCUCGUCCAUGGAAGGGAUCCACUACAAAUCGCAAUCGCCCAACAACACCAUAAUGAUACGUGGGCUCGCUCAGCAUAUUACUGAAAAUGACGUGCGGCAAGACAUCCUCAACUGUGGUCUUAUGCCAAAGGACAUCAGGCUGAUUCGAAAAAAAGAUACAGGUGCUUCGCGAGGUUUCGCAUUCGUCGAGUUUAACGCGACUCAGGAGGCCGCACGAUGGAUGGAGAUGAAACAGGGAGUGCUGAUGCUGCAGGAUCAAUAUCGCGCAUUGAUGCAGUACAGUAUACCAAAAGAGUGUCAUGUGGAUAAGCCACCGGCGAAGAAUACGCAGGAUUGGCACUGUGUUAAGUGUGGAGCACACAAUUUCAAACGGCGUGAGACUUGCUUCAAGUGUUCCGCCUCGCGAGCGGAAAGCGAGGAAGGCGGGGAAGGCAGCGACGAGAUUAGCCCGCAUCCCACGAACACCGUGCUUUUACGGGGAUUAGACGUAUUAACGACUGAAGAUUCGGUUCUGCAAGCGAUGAAGAAUCUGUCGUCGAUGCCAAUACGUAGUAUUCGAAUCGGUCGCGAUUCCCUCACGAAUACGUCCAGGGGAGUAUGCUACCUGGAGAUGGGCAACGUAGUAGACGCCAUGUACUUGCAUACCGCGCUCACGAAACAAGGAUUGGUGGUCGAUGGCAGGAAGGUAGAGAUAACGUACUGUAAACUUCAUCAAAUUAACAAUACGAAUGCGUGGAAGUCGAACGAGACUCAGCCACAAAGGUAUACUUUGGACGACGUCGCUCAAUUGGCUGAAUACAGUGCCAAUUUGUAUGCCAAAACGCCUGCACAGAAGGCCCAUUACCUUCAGUAUUACACGCAAUACUAUCAAAAUCAGAUAAUGCAGGGCUCCGCGAUCACAUUACCGUCCUUGAAUCAGACGGACAGAGUAAACGCGGCCGCGGCGGUAGCGCAAUCCGCUAUACAACAAUUACAGGCAUCUAGAAAGCUAGGAAGUGAAACCGACGAUGUGAAAGGACGACCAACGCCUACAGCACCGUCGAGUACAACGUUAGCGAGCGGAAGAGUUCCAGCACACUCCAGCGAUGGGAAAGUAUACUCUGUACCAGACGUCAGCACUUAUCAUUAUGACGAAUCAUCCGGCUACUAUUAUGAUCCUAGCACAGGAUUAUAUUACGAUCCAAAUUCGCAAUAUUAUUAUAACAGUCAUACGCAACAGUUUCUUUAUUGGGACGCUGAAUCAUUCUCUUAUCAACCAGCUAAGACAACUACAAAUACGACACAGGGAGCUACAAGCACGAUAACAGCAACAGCAAGUAGCACAGAUUCCGCGAACACAAUUAGCAAUCAAGCUACAACUUUGUCGACUGCUAAUGCGGCUCAGGAGGCAUCCAAAGAGGAUGAGAAUAAGAAAAAGGACAGCAAACAGGACAAAGUGAAAGUAGCAAAGAAAAUAGCGAAAGACAUGGAACGUUGGGCAAAAACCUUGAAUCAAAAGAAGGAGAAUGCUAAGAGUAAUUGGAAUUCUGAAUUUGCUGGUAUGGACGGUAAUCAGGGUGUUGGAAGCGGUGCGGCAGAUGCAGGAUAUGCUAUCUUGGAAAAGAAAACUAUCACGAAUCCUUACCACGAGGACGAGGAUCAAAGUGGUAAUGGAUUGGUAGCUGCUUAUGGAGGCGGUAGUGAUACGGAGGAAGAGAUAGAAGACGUGCAACAGGAAGAGAAACAGCAUACAGAUUGGAGUAAGCUGGCAUGCUUACUCUGCAAACGACAGUUUCCAAGCAAAGAGGGAUUACUUCGUCAUCAACAGUUAUCUGAUCUCCACAAACAAAAUUUGGAAAACUGGUAUCAAGUACGCGGACUGGAUCCCAAUGAUCCACAACAGAGAAAUAAUAAAUACAGAGAUCGUGCCAAGGAAAGGAGGGCCAAGUACGGUGAGCCUGAGCCACCACAGCCUAACAAAUUAAAAGAGAAAUAUUUAAAGACAAGAGUGGAAGAAAUGUCGGUAUCUUAUGAGGAGCCUACGAGAGCUGGUAUCGGAUCCGACAAUGUCGGUAAUAAAUUACUGCAAAAAAUGGGUUGGAGCGAAGGAAUGGGAUUAGGAAAAUCUAAUCAGGGUAGAACGAGUAUUAUCGAAGCUGAGAGACGUGUUCCUACAGCCGGCUUAGGAGCGAAGACUUCGUCGUACAGCGCUUUACCGGGUGACACCUAUAAGGACUGCGUGAAAAAAAUGAUGUACGCGCGAUACCAAGAAUUGUCUGACACGUAGGAUACAUUUAAGAUAGAUUUUAUAUAUACAUAUAAGUUCUUGUACUCCAUUUUCCAUAGACACGUAAUUACACGCUCGUAUAGUUAUUCGAAUAACGUAAUAGCAAUUUACUGGUAACUGCACAGUGAUAGCCAAUUCUUUGGGGGACUAUUGCAUUACUAUGCAAUACGCAUUUUAUACAUUCUCGUGCAAAGUCCCGUUAUCGUAUGCUUCAAUGAUAUUCUACACAUAAUAAAUUUCUUUUUUUUUCUGUAAUAUAUAUGGUCACGAAAAUACAAUAUAUUGUCAAAGUACACACGUACAUACCUUCUUAUUUAUAUAACAGCAAUGUUACUCGUGAACCGAAAACAAAUCUUAGAUUAUAUGUCUGGUUCUUUUAAAGAUGCAUUUUACGUUUGGAAUCACACUUUUUAGAUAAAUAUGAUUAUCGUAUCAUUGUGCAAUGCAAUAUUUGCCUAAUAAAUUUAUAUACAAUUUAAUAAUAGUAAAAAAACUCAAAGCAAAUGGUAUGAUCAUGUUAAAAAUUUUCUUCGACUUGUAUAUGCAUAAGGCAGGAUAAAUUAUUUGGAUUAUAAAAUGUUUGAUGACUUAAUAAGUUAGAUAAAAUUGUAUUAAAAAUAAAUAUCACUACGAACAUUGUAUUAUCUUAUGCAGAAAUUUGCUAGUAUUUUUUUAAUACUAUCUAUAUAAAUUAUCACAUCAUCACAAAAAAAUUUAGUAGUGGGUCGAUUUCAUAAUUUCAUUGAUGUGUUUUAUUCAUUAUCUAAUUCGAUAUAUUGUUUUUAUACAUAAUGGCGCAUCUUAUAUUUAUUAUAUCACCGAAAUGCGAAUUUCACAUUUAAACUAAUCAAACUGGACAUGAAGAUGUUCAGGUUUGUUUAUCUCAUACACAUAUUAAAUAUACAUUUAUUUUUCUUUUUUAUUAUUAUUUUUCUCAUAUUUUGGAGGUAAUGCAUAUAUAUCGCUGUAUACAUUUCUCUAACAUCAUUGUUAUAUUUACUCUUAUUUUUCUAAAAUCAUCGUGCAACAUUCAUGUAUUAAAUAAUAGAUCAGAAAAAAAAUUAAUAAAUGUACAUGCAAAGCUAUUGCUUGCAUAUUAAGAA